AAAAGAAAUUCCUUCUAGUUUGUAGAGGAAAAGAAGGAAAUGUUCACAAAUUCAAGUUCAAUUUUCUCUCCAAUUCCUUCUUGAUUGUCCCUUUAUCUACCAUCCCAAGCUCCAAACAGAGCCUUAGAACGAAACCAAUAUGAAGAAGAUCUGCUCGUAAUUCAAACCCUAAUUCGAAUCGAAAUGGCGAUCCAAAAGCUACCUAAAGACCUGCUCGUGGAGAUCCUAUGUCGGCUUCCGGUGAAACUCCUUCUCCGGUCCAAAUCCGUCUGCAAAUACUGGUACUUUCUCCUCCAAACCCCUGGCUUCAUUUACCUCCACCACGAUCGCGUUGCCUCUAUCGCCGCCGCUGAAAACACCGACUGCCUCCUCGUCAAGCGGUUCCUUGACCGCGGCGAGGGCGGCGUCGUGCUGUCCUUUGUCCCCGACGAAACCCCGGUUGAAGACAUAGACAUAUCUUCCACUGGUCUUGAUAUUAAACAACUGCAAAUCUUAGGUCCUUGUAACGGCGUCGUUUGUCUCACCCGAUUUGCUUUUAACUCCACGAUUGUUAUGUGGAACCCUUCAAUGAAAGAAUUCAGGGAAAUUCCUCAACCCUCUUAUAAAAAUGACCAUUUGUGCAAUUUGGGAUUUGGGUAUGAUCCCUUCACAGAUGAUUAUAAAGUGGUUAGAUUCACGAUGCUGAGUACGGAUUUAUCCGUUAGGGGACUUGAUGAAACGAUUGAAAUAUAUGAAUUGCGAACAGAUUCUUGGAGGAAAGUUGACGCUAAGUCCCCUGCCGAGUAUGGGCUCCACUGUUUUUAUGAUUCAUAUGCAUCGUGGAAUGGGGACUGUUUCUGGUACGCCCACCCUCAAAUUGGCUACCUUCAUCAUGGUGGUGGUCCAGCGAUUAUGGCAUUUAGUAUGUCCGACGAGGUGUUUGAAGAAUUGCCCGUGCCAGAAGUUUGCUUGUUAAAUGAGCACAAAGAACAUAGACUUUUUGUUUUGAAUGAUUCCCUUGCCAUGGUUAUCUAUCCAAAGGGGUGGGCAAACCCCUCUUGGCUUCCACCUGAGGAGUUUUCGUUCAUGAAGUCCUUUGACAUAUGGGUAAUGAAUGAAGAGGAUGCGGAGGUGUUGUGGACUAAAAAGUUCACUAUCGGACCCUUGCAGGGACUCGACUGGGCAUUGGGAUUUCGGAAAAACGGUGAGUUCCUUGUUGAGAGCACCUAUGGACAGAUGAUGUCGUACACCCUUAAUACUCGAGAAAGAAAGGAGUAUGAAGUCCAUGAUCAAGUACAAGGUCAUCCUCCACCACCACAUAUACAAGCAAUUCCAUAUAUAGAGAGUUUGGUUUCUAUCAAAAGACAGCCAUGAGCAUGAUGGACAUGUAUGAGCCACAGAUAUAACUCCAUUAUGGGUGGUCGUAAACCUCAGCUGAUAAAAUGUACAUUUCUUGCUGUGUAAUGGGCUCGCCAGUCCUUUAUUGGUGGUUGUCUUAUGCAAUACUGCUAAAGGAAAAAAGAAAAAGGUGAAUGAAUGGUUCCAAUCAGCUCUGAGAGGUCUCCUUGACAGUCAUGUAAGGCAAUUUCUUCCGUUAUGCAAAUAGAUGCAGAGGAGGGAAAGGUUUGAGUUUCAUGGCUUGGAAGAUGGACAGUCAUGUUUAUUAUAUUGUGUCUUUGCAGCCAUGUUUAUUACAUUGUGUUAUAUUUUUGUAUAAUGGGAUUUGCUUGCCUCCAAAUAUUG